AUGGCGGCCGAUGGAGGCAGCUCCUCUCUGAUGCUACCUUGCGCUUUUUCUCCUAAAUCAAGACAGUAUCUGGCCUUGUGUGCGCAGGAUGGUAGACUUCGUAUUUGGAACACAGACAGCAAAACACUUCACCAGGAAUAUGUGCCUUCUGCCCAUUUGAGUGCCACCUGUACUUGCAUAGCUUGGGGACCAUGCCGAACGGCAAAGGAGGGGCCGCUGAGAAAGAAGAGGAAAUCAGAUGCAGGACAGGUGGUGGAGAAGGCAGAUCUGUUGGCCCUAGGCACAGCAGCAGGCAGUAUCCUAAUCUACAGCACAGUGAAAGGGGCACUACACUGUACACUGGAUGGAGGACACAACGGAGGAGUGAACAGUGUGCAGUGGCAUCCAGAGGACACUUUGCUCUACAGUGGGUCAGAUGACACACACAUAGCAGAAUGGGACUUACAGACAGGCAAAACACGCUGUAAAUGGAAAGCAGACAGAGCAGCAGUGACUAGCCUGAGUGUAAGUCCAGAUGGAAAGCUGCUUCUCUCAGCUGGGAUGACCAUCAAGAUGUGGAACCUGGAGACCAAAGAGGUGUACAGGAAGUUCACAGGUCACUCAACCAUGGUAACGACCCUGUGCUUUGCCACAACACGACCUCCAGACAGCGAUGGCCUCUACUUCCUCUCUGGAGCAGCUCAAGACCGUCUGCUGAGCGUGUGGCAAGUGCGCUCAGACGGAAAGGAUAAGAACUCUGUUGUGUCUUUCACUCUGACCGACGAACCCCAGUAUGUUGACCUCCUAACAUCUGAAAGUAAAGAUGAGGCAGUGAGGUUAGCAGUGGUGUGUAAGGAUGGGCAGCUACAUCUCUUUGAGCACUUUCUCAAUGGGCCAUGUAAGAAACCCCUCUCCCCUUCCUGCUCUCUCCAAGUGUCAGGGGUUGGGCCUAAGGCAGGCGAGGGGGACACACCCGUCCCCGUUCCCCUUUUGGCAGCAUCUCUUUGCUCAGACAAACAGAACCUGCUGUUGGCAUAUGGCAACCACUUGCAGCCCGUCAUAGAGCGAACGGCAGCGAAUACAUCAGAGAGACAUGUCUGCUUAGUCCGGGAUCUGCACACUACCCUGUCUCUCUCUGUAGACACAGAGGUGUCCAAGGUGAAGACGCCCAUUGUCAAUGAGAGACAGAGUAAAGUUCUGAUUCCUGGGCUUCCCGGUCACCAAGCACCAAUUAAAGUUUCUGGUAAUGAACCAGAGAAAAGAAAGAAAGGACCUAGCAGCACAGAAGUACAAGAGAUGUCUAUAGAGGAGCGUUUGGAGCAGAUAGAUUUGAGUGCUGCUCGUGGAAAGGGGAGUGCUAAAGGGGCCAUCUCACUGCAGACAGACAGCUAUGCUGUGCUCCUGGUGCAAGGCCUGGAGAGCAGAGACCAAAAGAUCCUAAAUAAAAUACUUCAAAUACACAAAGAGGUGUUGAUAAAGAAAACAGUUUCACAGUUACCACUUCCAGCUAUCUUGCCAUUGGUUGAGGAGCUUUCAAGAAGGUUGCAGGGGCAUCCAUAUUCUGCAAUAUACAGCGUCCAGUGGCUGAAGGCUGUGUUAACACAACACACCUCAUACUUAUCCACGCUUCCUGAUUUGGUAUCCCAGCUUGGAAAGCUCUAUCACAUGAUUGAGAGUAGAGUGAAAGUGUACCACCAAGUAACCAGGCUGCAUGGCAAGCUAUACCUGCUAAUAACACAGGUGGCGACAACAAACAGUGCCCAGAAAAUCGGUGACCUGGAUCACACCGCCAAACUAGUCUAUGAAGAGGACUCCUCUGAUGAAGACGAAGGUUCAGAUGAUGAAGGUCGACCAGCGGAUGAUUCUGAUAACUGGGAAGAAGAGGAGGAGGAGGAAGAGGGAAUGGAUGUGACGGAGGAAAAAGAAAACCACGCAGAUGAGGAAGAUGAAGAGGAUAUGAAAGAGUCCAAAGCAAAUGGUGAUUCGGACUUGGAUCCAGAAAAUGAGAGCGAGGAGGAAUGAGUCGGGGUGGGGGUGGGGUAUUGAACAACAGAAAUAAAAUGAA